AUGUCUUCAGGAGAAGGAGGAGGAAGCAGAAGGAGACGGAGGAAAAAGAAAUCGGCCAGAUGCAAAGACAAUUGCAGCAAUGCAGAUGAGGAUCUGAUUCAACUGAAUCCUCAGCAGCAUGCAGACUCUCCGACAACCUCAGAAGCAGGAUCAUUGACUCGCAAUCAUAGCACUGAUCAAUCAUCAAGAGACUCAUCAUCUUCCAAGUUGUCUUCUUAUUCCAAGAGGAGAAGGAAAAACAGAUCAAGAGAAGCCUCUCUUCAAACUAACUUUCAAACUGGUCAGAGUUCUAAGCAGCAAAAUAAACAAUAUGAGAGACCAACUUCAAAGAGCUCACCAAGUGUGAGAAGUUGUAGGACGUUGCAGUCAAGAAAUGCUGACACACCUUCGACUUCUGGUGCCAGUGAUAGUAGUACACAAGCAGGAAGCAGUCAGGCAGAUAACCAGCAUUCUAAAAAGAAAGUGCUAGAAAUACCUGGCUUCUACUAUGAUGAAGAGAAGCAGAGACAUUUUCGCAUCCUUCCAGGGCACAGUGGAGGCAACGUUGUGACUACUGAGACGAUUCGUCAGAAGGAGGCGGAGAAGAAGAGGCAAAGUUAUUUAGAAGAAAGAAAUUCUACGAAGGGUUCCUCAGAAAAGGUACUGCCUGGGAAUAGGGUGAACUCGCUUGUUCAACUGCAGGAAAACAGAAUGCGAGGAAACUGUAGAUCUUCUUACUUCAAGAGAAUGGCUCAUGAGAGUGCAGUGAAACAGAUGGAGAUAAAACCAAGCAGCCGAGUCUCUCCCUUCCCUGAUCACUACUUUAAUGGUACAUCAGGCUACAUCAGUAACCUUGAGUUGGAUAGUAGGCAGAAGCAAGUUCUCAUGGUUAUUUCUGAUGACUACUUAAGCAGAUUGUGGCAGGGUGAGGUGGUUUGUGAGAGAAAUCCGAAGACCGGUCAAGAAGAAGUGACCAUUGCCAACUGGUCAACGGUCAACAUCUUGACCACUCAGCUGAUCUGGAAGGUUGCUCAUGCAAGCUGGGCUCAAGUAAGAGAGGGAGAAAACAUGUAUGCACUAUAUGCAAUAUCUGGUGGAUUAUCAAGUACAGUUCAACUCAUGAAGUGUCCAACAGAAGGAGAUGGUAUCAGCCAGAUCAGUUACAGCUAUGAAAGAAGCAAUGAAUCACUCUGGACCUGUGCAUGGAGCAAUAGUCCUACCCUCCCCGCUCAUCUAGCUAUAGGUUCCACAGGAAAGGCAAUAGUAGUGGACACCUUGUCAACGAGGGAACAAAUACUGUAUACCUCCAACAGUGAUGUCUUUGCUCAAGCUUUCUCAAGAAAGAGUCCUGUUCUGUACAAUGGAACCCGUCUAGGUGAGAUCCUUGGGGUUGAUCUUAGGAAACCAUCUUCAGGCCACUUUGACAUGACGGCGGUGCUCAGCCAUCGUGUGGCCGUAUGCAGUCUCAAACUACUCAAGGAGGAGAACUAUGUACUGGCCAGUGACAUGGGUGGAGAGAUUAAACUGUGGGACAUCAGGCAGUGUGCUGUUGUUCAAGAGUUCAAAGGUCACCACAAUGAGAACCAUCAUCUCCCGGUCAAGGUCGACUCCACAGAAACCAUCUUGCAUGCAGUUGGUCAAGACAAAUACACCCGGGUAUGGAGCCUGAAGUCGGGUGACCUUCUCCACACCAUACCCUGUCCUUCGGCACGCUACAAGGACAACGCUCCAGUAGCCAUCUACUCCCAAGAGUUCAGCUGCCACGCCCAACCUGGCUUCUUCCUGGGUCAAGAGAGGCAGAUUCAUUGGUAUCCUAUGAGGACUCAAGAAACCCUCAUCACAGAGAUUGGAUGAAUACCGGGAUGUGCAUUGCAAGACCUUUCUGUAUUUAUCAUGAGAAUCUAAGACAGAAAAAACGGUACCAUGCCCCGGUCGCAUCUACUCCCAAGAGUUCAGCUGCCACGCCCAUCCAGGCUUCUUCCUGGGUCAAGAGAGGCAGAUACAUUGGUAUCCUAUGAGGACUCAAGAAUCCCUCAUCACAGAGAUUGGAUGAAUACCGGGAUGUGCCUUGCAAGACCUUUCUGUAUUUAUCAUGAGAAUCUAAGACGGGAAAAGACGGAAGAGUUCUUGUGGAGAAAACAUGACACCAUCUGAUUUCCCCAAAAAUUGAAGAUUAUAAAUCCUCUUGAAUGUGAGGAAUGUGGCUGCCAAGUCUUGUCAAGUUUCCUUUGAUUCCAUAAAUUGCGCCCCCAUCCACCUCUUGACAUCAUGCCAUGAAUACAAUGCCCCGGUCCCCAUCUACUCCCGAAAGUUCAGCUACUACACCCAACCAGGUUUCUUUAUGGGUCAAGAGAAGCAAGUUCAUUGGUACCCUAUGAGGAGAUAAGAAUCCCUCAUCACACAGAACGGAUGAUGUGGAGGUGUCAUGGUCUAGUGAAUAAGUCUUCAAACUCCAGUUACGAGGUUCAAAUCCCUGCCCCAGCUCUGAUGUCCUGCAGCAAGACAUAGACUUACACUUGUGUCCUAUGAGAACUAAAGAAACUUUUGUUAGAGAGAUUGGAUCACGUAGAGGUGAUGAGGUCUAGUGGAUAAGUCUCCAAACUCCAGUUACGAGGUUCAAGUCUCUGCCGUGACUCUGAUGUCCUGCAGCAAGACAUAGACUUCCUUAGUCUAGUGUCCUAUGAGGACUAAAGAAACUUUUGUUAGAGUGAUUGGAUGACGUAGAGGUGUUGGGUUCAUGUCCAGACCACAGCAAGAAUGUCCUUCGGUAAGACAUAAAUUACUUGCCUGGAUCAGGUAUAUUUAAAUGAAUGUUGGUAGGUAGGACAAGUAUAAUGCCCCCUAUAAGGGCACUGAGGCAGGAGCUGGGACAAUACAAUUUGUGCACAUAUGAUGAAAAGGCAACUAGAUAUAUGGUGCACUUUAAAGAUGAAGUUGAGUUCUGGAAAUUUGGCCAAGUCUUGGUAAAGUUACAAACACUGUACACAGAAAGA